GUUACACUUUCGUCCUCCGCUCAAAUGUGUCCUCCAAAGAACACUUGCAGCGUUGACUGUGUGGUUGGUUAUGAAAAGUCCAGAGUCAAAGUUAUGAAGGUUAUGAAAAUGUAAUUUCAGUGUCUCGACGGAAAGAUCUGCCCAAAGAGAAUAAACCGCAGAGCCACCGAGUCAGCACCGUGCAUUGAAACAGGAUGGCGUCCCCUUCUCCCCAUGACCGCAGCCGUAAAGACGAUGAUGAGGAUGACCCCGUUGAACAGAUGAUAUCCCGCACUGGCUGUGCCGAGCUACACUAUGCUGUGCAGGAGUGCAUGGCUGAACACCAGGACUGGCGCAUGUGCAAGAGCCAGGUCCAGACUUUCAAAGACUGCAUGAUGAAUUUCCAAAUUGCCAGGAAAGAACAGCUGAUGAAGCAGGUGAAGCCAAACUCCACUGAGUCUGCGCCCAGCUGAACUCACAACACCCCACACACAGUCUGAUGAAGACUGUCCCUAAUUUAAAUAUUGUUAAUGAAAAUAAAGUAUGGGCAGCUACAAGAACACCCUGACUUGGUCUUUCAAGUGUGUGGUGGAGAGCCCAACUGAUAAAUGUGGCCUAUUAGGGCAAUAGGUACUUAUUGCACAGAGUAUUGAUUUAAAUGUUGGCUGAUGAGUAACAAUAAAUGAGAGGAAAGAAAUGUCAAAGACAUGUUUGAGGUUAUUUAGAAUCAGUGUCUUUAUUAAAUGGUUUGUCUGAGCACUGAAAAAUAA